CAGAAAGCGCGCCUCAUUUGCGGAGGCGCCACGGUUAGUGCAAGCUCAGUAGCUGCUUGCAACGCAUCGUGUGGCAAAGCAAUGGCCAUGGACGACUAUGAUGAUGACAUGAGCAGUGUGGGCGUAACCACAGCACGCAUYGAGAACCAACAGCAGCAGCAGCAGCACUAUCAUCAACAGGGUCAGAAUCAGAGCAGUGGAGGGCCUGUCAAGGUGGGGGGCUGGCGCUACGAGGACGCCAGUCGGUAUAUAGGCGAGUGGAACCAACGUGGCCAGAAGCAUGGCAUAGGCCAUCUGCAGUUCGCGGACGGCACGCGCUACGACGGACAGUUUCAGGAGGGCCUCAGCCAGGGCUUGGGCUGCCUUUGGUUUCCCGACGGCGCCAAAUACGAAGGGGAGUUCCACCAGGGCUGGUUUCAUGGCAACGGCAUAUUCUGGCGCGCGGAUGGCAUGAAGUACGAGGGCGAGUUCCGAGGCGGCAAGAUCUGGGGCUGGGGCCUGCUCACCUUUCAGGACUUUACGCACGGAUUUCCGCGCAACGAGGGCUUCUUCCAGGACUGCCGCUUCAUGCGGAAGCGUCGCUGCCCCGACGUUGUGCAGCGCGCACAGAAAUGUGCGCUAAUGGCCCGAUCGCAGUGUGAACACCCCUACUAAACGGCAACAAUAAA